CUAAACUGUUGCAUCCUGUCCUGGGGCUCUGGUGCGAACAUCCCCCUGGUGCCUCCUGGGCUCCCAAGCCGACUGGCAGUGGGUGGCAUUGGCCCAGGCGCCUGGCAGCAUCCCCACCAUUUGGGACGUGCUGAGCAGCAUGCUGGCUGCGGCGCCUACAGCCAGCAAGCAAACCCCACGUGCCUGACCCACCUGUGGUGCCAGGGCGGUGGCGGCCAUGGCUGCAGCCAUCGCCAGCUCCCUGAUCCGCCAGAAGAGACAAGCCAGGGAGCGGGAGAAGUCCAAUGCCUGUAAGUGUGUCAACAGCCCCAGCAAGAGCAAGGGAAGCUGCGACAAGAACAAGUUGAAUGUGUUUUCCAGGGUCAAACUCUUUGGCUCCAAGAAAAGGCGAAGGCGGCGACCAGAACCUCAGCUUAAAGGUAUAGUAACAAAGCUAUACAGCAGGCAAGGAUACCACUUGCAGUUGCAAGCAGAUGGAACAAUUGAUGGAACAAAAGAGGAGGACAGUAGUUAUACUUUGUUUAACCUCAUACCUGUGGGUUUACGAGUGGUGGCGAUUCAGGGGGUUCAAACGAAAUUGUAUCUGGCAAUGAACAGUGAAGGAUACCUAUAUACAUCA